AUGUCGCUUUCAAAAUGGCCACCACAAUCGGUACCUAAUUUUUGUACAACUGCUGGUACUACAGCAAGAAGCGCAGGAAAUGUUGCACAUAAAGUUGCUGCUUCCACCGGUAUCGAAUAUUUUGUUGAUUUGUUGAACAAAGCCGUUACGGGAACAGUCGUAAAAGGUGCAGGAACUGUUGGUGGUGCGCUGACUAGCGCUGCAGGAGCGGCAAUGCAAACGGCCGAAAAUAUUAGGCUGGCUGUUCCAGGUAUCAUCGACAGUUUGAACGAUGAGGAGGUAUUUAUUGUGGAUUUCACACAGCAAAGUCAUUCCGGUUCGUAUUUCGUUGGUUUCUCCUCUGCGUCAAUAUUUUUGUGUUUUUUUUCCUGCCUCUUGGACAUGAAUUUUGGAAGCUAG